AUGAGGAUUUUAGCUUGGAACUGCCGAGGGCUUGGGAACCCGGGGGCAGUUCAAGCCGUGAAACUGCUUAUUUCUUCAGAAGUUCCCGACGUGGUUUUCCUUUCGGAGACUCGUAAAUCAGUUACGAAGAUGUUUUCUAUGAGGCGCUCUCUUGGCCUCCCUAAUUUAUUUCCUAUUGGUUGUGCAGGUAAUGGUAGAUCACGAUCAGGAGGAGUUUGUUUACUGUGGAAUGAUGAUACUAAUGUGAAGAUAACCCAUGGGUCCUUAAAUCAUAUUCUUUGUAUGGCGAAGCACUUUCAAUCCCGAAGUCAGAUGCAUAUUCUUGCAAUAUAUGGGUUCUCAGAGGCGCAGCAUAAGUUGCGCACUUGGGAACUAAUUCAGAGGCUGAAGCCACCUGAUACUACGCCUUGGGUGUGUGUUUGGGAUUUUAAUGAUGUCUUAAGUCCUUCAGACAAGCUGGGUGGUGACCCAGUUAAUGUGGCCCAUUUACAGUUAAUUGAUCAGGCGCUACAGGAUUGUGGCCUUCAGGAUGUUGGGUAUUCAGGUUACCAAUUCACUUGGUCUAAUAAGAGAAGUAUUCCUAAUUUGAUUGAGGAGCGCUUGGAUUAUGCUCUGAUGAAUGAUAGUUGGAAGGCCCUGUGGCCUGUUAUGGAGGUGUUUCACUUAACCCGUCUCAGUUCAGAUCAUAACCCUAUCUUGGUGUCGUGUGGAUCCACUAAGCGGGAAGUUUUCAGAAAGCAGAAGAGAUUGUUUAGGUUUGAAGAGGUACGACUUCAUGACAGUGAGGAGUGUGCAGAGAUAGUGGCCGAGGUAUGGUCGAAUGGUUUUCAGGAUGUAAACAGUAAGAUAACAAAUGUGGGGAAAUCUCUUCAGCUGUGGGGGCGUUUGAAGUUUGGUGCCAUUCCCAAGAAGGUUUCAGAUUUGAAAGUGAAGCUUCAGAACCUGCAAAGGAGUACCCAAACAGAUGAGGUGGUGGCAGCUAUUAGGAGUACAGAGGCUGAGUUAGAAUCUUUAUUGAAGUAG